AUGCUGCAGGCACAGGAGCGUUCUUUAUGUUUUCCUGAUGAAAGUUUGCAGCUAAUAGACACAGAGGAAGCAGCAACAGCAGCAACAGGAGCAGCAGCAGCAGCAGCAGCACAGCUACCGCUGCAUGCAACCAAUGGGGCUUUUGCUGCUGCUCUUAGUGAAGCUUUGGGGCUUGAUGAAGGAGAAGAUGAAGAGAUGCUGCUGCUGCAGGACCAGCAGCAGCAGCAGCAGCAGCAGCACCCGUUGCCAGAAGAGCAGCAGGAGCAGCAGCAGCUGCAGCAGGAGCUGCAGCAAGAGCUGCAACUUCUUGAUGGCAUAAUGGAUACGGAUGCAGAUCUGCAGCAGCAGUUCCUGCUGCACCAGCAGCAGCUGCAGCAGCAGCAGCAGCAGCAGCAGCACCUGCAGCAAGAGCUCGAGUUUCCUGACGAGAUGGUGGGAGCUGAUGCAGAUCUGCUGCGCCAUCAGCAGCAGCAGCAGCAACUGCAGCAGCAGCAGAUUCCUUUUUCCCUUAAUGAGCUGCCUGUACACCGCAAGGAGGACAUCGAAGCAAGCAGCGAUUUGCGGCCUCCAUAUAUCAUGUUGCUUAUUAUGUCAUUAAAUAAUAAAAAAGAAUAA